GGUUGCGUAGGCGUUCGUGUUCAUGCAAGCCCAAAGUCACAACACAUCGGCAAGGCAUUUAGUUUAUAUUUUGACAUUUUUUUAUUAAAUUUGUAAACCGUUGUGGUCUACCGACUGCCGAUGGGUUCCCGGUAUGAUCAUUACGAUUACUUGUACAAAGUAGUUCUCAUUGGCGAUUCUGGUGUUGGGAAAUCGUGCUUGCUUUCGCGUUUUACACGAAACGAAUUCGACCACGAAUCGAAGUCAACUAUCGGUGUUGAGUUUGCAACGCGUAGUUUGGAAAUUGAUGGCAAAACUAUCAAAGCACAGGUAUUUAGGAUACGAAGUUAUUAUCAGAGCUAGCAAUUUUCAAUAUUUGUAAUUUAUUGUGAGCUACUGAGCUGGGAUGUUUUGUCAAUUUGUAUGACAAAAGCAAUAUUUACAAUGUGAAGUAUUUGAUACAAUAUCGAAUAAAUAUGCAACAUAUUUGUUACAUAUAUCUUGAAAUCAAUCUACCUUUUAAAUUUGAGCAUGUACACUCACUAAAAACUCGUAUUUUUGCUUUAAAAGUUUAAAAAUAUUCCUAUUUCAUGAGCCGGAAGACUCAAUUGUAUUUAAAUUUUGUCACGUAUGGCCGAAACAGGCAAUAUUUUACAUCCGCCUGUAAACUGCUACAUUAAAUUCCAGUUAAUUAAAUUGAUUAAUAUUAACUGAUUAAUCAACAAAGUAGUUUGUCUUGUGGUGACGGGCAUGCAGUAUAAUCAUUAUACAGCUUACUGAAUAGAUCACCUUCCCAUAUUUGUAUUUAUUACAAAAAAUCAGGAUGCAUCCUCUCCCCCCAAAAGUGUCAUGUUUUUGCAUCAAAACAUUCAGCAAUGUGACGACAUUCCUAACAUUGUGAAAUCAACAUCUUGGAAAUGGCAACGUCUGAUUUGUCUGCAAGAAAUUAUGCCGAGUUUAGCUAGUAAUUUUAGCAGGGCCUUCACUCGAAACGUCAGAGUUCUCCUUGUAUUUUUCAGGUAAGCAUCCCUACCUACACUGGUAGAGAUUGUAGGGAUGUAGUUGCAUUCCGGAAUGUUUUAACACAAAAACAAGGCACAUUUCGUCGGUCGAGAGGAAACGUCCACGGUUUUGGUAAUACACAUGCCGACACUUGACCAUGUCAUUCAAAGUCACUGGGUUUUGAAGCUAAAGCUAUUCAAUGGUUCACAAUACUGCUUCUUCUUUAACAAAGAUUACCUCUGACAGACUUCAAACUAAUAAACCACAUAGCAUUAACAUGCUAUGUACUACAUACCUGUCAUCUUCAAUCCCGAGGAUCAAAAUUACGCUGUGACAGUGGGUAGCAUCAGAAGAAAGCGUUGCUUUGUAUGCUUUUGAAAAUGUUAAUAAUUAUGCAUGAUGUCUUACUCUAACACUAGAAUUAAGCAUUACAAAAAGAACCACACUGCCCUUUUAACCCAUUGAGCACCAGCGCUCUCCAAUUUACAAGUGAAAUUGUCUGGCAUUAGACAGAGUAAAGUUAUAAAGUUGGGCACAUUGGCAUGCAAUGCAACUUAAUAGAUUAAUGGCACCUCCUAUUUUGUGCACCUCUAUUAUUGAUGCUCCAAACUCCAACCUUAAUAUUAACUUUUACUGAAGGACAAUUUGUAUCUUGACUAUCUAGGUCUGGGAUACGGCCGGACAGGAGCGCUACAGAGCAAUAACGAGUGCUUACUACAGAGGAGCCGUCGGUGCCAUUCUGGUCUACGACAUCACCAAACAGAAAACAUACGAGAGUGUCAGCCGAUGGAUGGAAGAAGUACAGGAGCAUGCAACGGAUCAGAUUGUUGUCAUGCUUGUCGGGAACAAGUGUGACUUGAGACAUUUGCAGGCGAUACCCACAGAAGAAGUUCAAACUUUAGCCAAGGAACAAAAGAUGUUGUUUGCAGAGGCUUCUGCACUUGACGCGACAAACGUUGAGGAAUUAUUCCAGGAGACAAUCGAGAAAGUACACAGGGUACAAAUUAAAAAGCUUAAGGAGGAACUAGCAGUUAACAAAAAGGACGAGCCAGCGGCAGCAGAAAACAAUGUAGAACUAGAUAGUAAACCAAUUGCUAAAAGAUGCUGCCAAACAUGAAAAAUGUUUAUUCAAGAAAAUUUUAAUUUUCUACUAUAUAAUCUUUAUACUUUAGUAAAUUUUAGAUAUAUUUUGUAAUUGAUUCUUACCAUGCAGUAAUAAGGCAAGAAACUUGUCAAGAGAUAGCAUUUACUUCUCAUAAAUAUUACUCUAACAUUUCAAUACUAAUACAAUCAUGUUUAUUCAGUUAUUGAUCAAUUUUAGCAUGGUUGCCAAAAAGCUUUAGAAAUUUCGGUAGGAUGAUGCAAACCCCCUCUGUCAAAAGACAAUUUGUAGGAAAAAGGCUAAGCAGCUAAUUUUGAGUCACGUAUAUGGGGAGGGGGGUUUGCAAAUUCAGAAGGUUUUGUUAGAAGUUCAGGAGGCUUUGCCACCCAAUUGGCCAAAGUGUGUUUCAGGAAUGACAUGUGGUAUGACAUGGCAUACCUCGACAUAUUGUUUUAAAUAGCAUUCUUCUAUUCUUGGUAAAUUCUUAGGACAAUAUAUUAUGUAAAAAACCCAGCAAAUUAGUCAUAUUAAUUCAAUUCCUUAGUAAUUGUAUAAACCCCUUAUGGUAACCAGUAAAGAUAGAAAUCAAUUAUAUUAUACCAUUUAGUUAAGAUUAUUAGACUAUAAUGCUUAAUACGAAAUUUUGUGAAUUAUUAUAUAAUAUACCAUCCUAUCUACAUACUGUAUAUUUACACCAAAAUAUCUCUGAUAAUUUUUCAAUUUUACCUUUUUGUAACAUCAGUCUAAAAGUUCCAUUAUAAACAUCUUUUUUACAACAUUGUGUUGUGGCCACUAUCUGACUCAGAUUCUUGGGCGUAAAGUUCCAUUGCCAAUUUAAAGUCCUCGUCCACUUCACUUGAGGUCUCUGGACCUAAAUAUUUAAAUGAUUCUAAU